AUGGUUGGUCCGCUCAGUACAUGGCCAUCCUGGCCUGAGUUCACGGUGGAUAGCGAGGAAAGGGAAAAAUCAGCCGAUCUGACUACAUUCAAGACCGACAUCAUCAACGAGUACGGCCAGGAAAAUCUGAUAAAAAGCUGGCUGAAGGUCUGUUCCAAACUCGAAGAAAUAACCAAGGAGAUUCGGGAGAAAGGAAAUAAAGUAAUUCCGGAGAUUACCUUUGAGGAUUUGGACCAAUUAAGCGAGCAGAAAAAAGAAGAAUACAAGACUGUUGGCUGUUUCUUGAUCCGAGGUGUUGUUCAGAAAGAGCUUGCGGAAAAAUGGUUUGUGGAUUUGAAGAGCUAUGUUGCGGACAAUGAAGACAUGGUGACCGGAUGGCCGCCCGUGACACCCUCAAUUCUACGCAUGUACUACAGCCCUGUCCAAAUGGCGGCACGAUCUCAUCCAAAUUCGCUCAAAGUCGCUGGUGAACUGAUUAACUGGUGGCACGACAGCGAAAACGCCAAAGACCAACCGCCACUGGAGCCUCUUACGUACAUAGAUGCAGUGCGGAUCCGACCUCCAGGACAGCCUUUCUUCGGCCUAGGGCCUCAUAUUGACGCCGGCUCUCUAAGUCGAUGGGCCGAUACAACAUAUCGAGCCUGCUAUGCCCCCGUGUGGCAGGGUAACCCGGAAGACCUUGACCUGUACGAACUAUCUCUUCGUAAGAAAGCCAAGACAAGGUUGUUUGCGGGGAGCGCCCAUUGCAGUGUCUUUCGCGCAUUUCAGGGAUGGACUUCACUUACCACGACGGGACCCGGAGAGGGCUCGUUGUUACUGUACCCCCAUGUGAAAUGGGUCAUGGCAUAUAUUUUGCUGCGUCCAUUUUUCAAGGCCCCCAACUCUACAAAAGAGGAAGAUAUUAUGGAUGCAAGUAAAUGGACUUUUGAUGCCGAGACACCCUGGUUUCCCGGCACAUUUCGCCCCGACUCUCAGCGGCUUUCGGUAACCUCACAUCCUCAUUUGCGUCUUCGCGACUGCUUGGUUCAUAUACCGCCAAUGCAGCCCGGCGAUACCGUCUGGUGGCAUGCGGAUAUGUGUCAUGCAGUUGACACAGAGCACAAGGGGGCGGGCGAUUCGUCCGUGCUGUACAUUGCAGCAACGCCAUCAACAGAGGAUAAUAUCCAGUACAUUGACUCCCAGCGAGACGCUUUUCUGGGUGAUAACGCCCCACCUGAUUUCCAGGCUGCUGAUAGAGUAUACAGUCCUGAGGCAAAGUAUAAGGGGUAUCAAGGUCAGGACGCUAUAGUCUCACCGGAGGGAAGGAAUGCCUUGAGGUUGGGAGUGAACGCAUGA